AUGGCCCGUCUCAGCCUUUCCAUCUUCGUCCUCUGCCUCUUCUUGGCCCUCAUGGUCUCGGCCAUGCCCGUCAAGCGCGAGAACUCCAGCGGUAACGAGCUGGACGGCACUCUUGCCGAACAGGUCGCAGAACAAUCCCUCGAGUCCGCUAGCGAGAUGCUCGACCAAAUAACCGGCAAGGACGACGACGACAAGAAGAAGCCCGCCCCCAGCGGCACCACCGACAACAAGCCCUCUCCUACUGGCACCACGCACUCAACCGAGUCCCAGACUGCCCCUAAGACCGAGGAGAAGGUUGCAAACACUGAGCCCUCUGCCACUACCCCUACCUCUACCGAGGAGACCCCCUCAACCUCUAGCUCUGCCCCCUCGACCGCAUCCUCCCACGUCGUGAAUGACAACCCGCUCUCGAAGAUCCCUCUUGUGGGUGACUUGUUGAGCGGUGGUGGGUCUGGAUCUCUUACUGGAGGACUCCUGGGUUAAGCCAUCCAUCCUUCCCAUUAUGGAAUGAGGAGUAGUGUGUUGUCGUUGUCGCUUUCAUGUAUGUUUGUUUUCUAUAUGCAUGCAUGCGUGAUGGCAGUUUGAUAUUUGGACGGAAAGAAAAGGAAGAAAAACG